AUGGGUCGUAAGAUAAAAAUAGAACCUACGCAGUUAGCUUCACCAACGGGAAUCCAACUGGGACCUUCACAAUUUAUUCAUGGUCAAAACAAUAAACCCCCGACAAGACAAUUUACUACAAGAUCCCGUGCUAAGAGUACUGCCAGUUUUAAGGGGUUAAGGAAAGUACUGACCCAUGAUGGUACUACCAUUGAUAGGGAUUCCAUGAAACCUACGAAAUCUAGCGAUGCCCUUUUUAGAAAACGUGCUAUAAGUGGGUUGAACAUGACUGCAUUGGCUAGGGUUAGGUCUAAUCCAAACGUACAUGGGGGUUCUGGAAGUCAUGGUCAUGGUACUGGAAUGUGGAUGGGUAUACCAGGUAUCAAACCAAGGAGAACGAAAAGUACACAUUCUGUGAUUAGUAUGAAGGAUAACAGCGAUAGUUGUUCAAACAGUGAAGAAGAAUUGGUGACAGACAGUGAAUCCGAUACAGUUGUGAAGGAUCUACGUAGGGAUAAUAAACAAAGUAAAAACAGCAACAAUGGGAGUGGUAUGAUCCGCGAUAAUUCUAGAGAAAAGCUUAUAUCUAUUGAUAGCAUUAUAGAAGAAGCUCAAAUGGAUUCAAGAACGGAGGAUCUUCUAGCAGAUAAGGAACAUGUUGUCAAACCAUUGAGUUAUAAACCACCUUCUGAUUAUAUAAAUCAUGGAAAUACUGGCGUAAGCCAGGACAAACUGAACGAUUCAUCUCAAAACGAUACAUCAUUAGAACUAGAAAUAAAAGCGAGUGGGUUCAGUAAUGUAGAUAAAACUGUAAAUGGGAUGUCAAAAAAUAAUAAUGUUACUACUACUAAUAAUAAUGAGGACGAUGUUCUAAAAAAAAAUGCAGAAUUAUCCAUUAGUAAUGACCAUAUUGAACCAGCGGAUAUAUCUGAUAAUAACGAAGGCUAUGAUCUUUAUAGAAACCAACUAACUAGGCAGACAAAAAGUAAAGAACAUGAAACAAACAUAGAUACAAAACAAAGCAUACCUGUACAGAACAAUGGCAAUGCUGAUAUUAGGAAUGGUCAAAAGAAUAGUGAAUUGAAUGAUCAAUAUAUACCUAAUAUGAUCCUAUCUCAGUCCACUGGAGUUGUAAGGCAUUUUGAUGACCCACCAUCAAUUCAAAAUUCACUCGCUAAUGAGAUACAUGCUAAUCGCAAUUCUGGUUAUUCAAUUUCUAACAAUCAUAAUAUAGACCAGGAAACCUUCAAGACAUCGCAAUUAUUAAAUAGUAGAGAACCUAAAUCUUCCAUACAUCAAGUACCCAAAGAAUUGGCAAAUAAAAUUAAUGGAUUUAAUACUAAUGAAGACACUAUUCAUCACAAUAACAAUUCUGAUAUUUCUGGAAAUGUUCAGAAUUCAAAAAUAUCAAAUUUUUCCAAUUCAUAUUCCAGUUUAACUAACAAUUUACAAAGAGCAAAUGCUGCCGCAGUAUUAGGCAAGACAGCAAGUGCAAGAGUACCACAGAGUCCACAUAGACCAAAUACUGGAACAAAUUCACAGACAGGUUCCACCCCAUUAAGUAGUCUCUUUAGAAAAAAAGGUAAUCAAUAUGAACUUUCUGGAUCAAACGACGCUAAGAAAGAAGGAGGCGAAACUACAAAAGGUGGAGAUGGGAAGAAACUCAAUAACUUUUCUCAGUUCUUAAAAUCUGAUAUGACUGAGGGUGACUCUAGAACACAGAGAAAACUUUGGUUACAAAGAGAAAACUCCAUAAUGGAUUUAAAUAUUCAGAAUGGAUCUGUCGAUUCUGUUUUUAUGGUUACAAACGUAGAUGUUAAGAGAGAAUUCGAAAGGAUAUCACACGAGUAUACCAAUUCAAAAAGGUUUUAUAAUCCACUGGAUGCAGCAUUGAAAAGAUUUGAAACUUAUAAAAAACAACAAGAGGAUACGAAUCGAGUCAAUGAAGUGAAUUCAAAGACUAAAUCUAAAUCUAAAUCAACCAAUAAUAAAUUAUCUGGUCAUCUCUCUUUAAGAUCGACAGAGAGUAAUAAUACUGAGUUUUUUGCUAACUACGGGUCUAGUCAAUCUAACACUGUUAAUAUGGAGGAAUUUCAACCUACUGUGCAAAAUUCAAAAUUACAAAGAGUUUUAUCAUCAAUAUGGAAAGAGGAGAGUAUGGCUUUCAACAAUGAAAUGAAUCAAUUGAACAAAGGUAAUAAGAGUUAUCACCAAAGAGAAUUGAGUGAUGGGUCUCAACAUAGAUUAUCACAAGCAGGAAACGCGGGAUCAAGGUCAAUUUAUAACAAUAGUUACCUCAAUAGUGGUAUAAACCAAAGUGGUAAUAAUAGGCAAUCUUUGAGAAACGCACCGAUUAAUAAUAAUUACGGGAGUCAAUCUAGGAUGAUGAAUUCAUUACAACCUACCACCCGAGCAGUCAUAAGACGGAAUGAGUCAAGUUCUCAACACAUCCAACGUUUUUAA